AUGUAUAAUGGCAAGGAUAGAGCACAAAACUCUUACCAGCCAAUGUAUCAAAGGUCUAUGCAGGCCCAAGGACAACAGCAAUCUCAACCUUUUGUGGGAAAGAAAAGUACAAUUGGAAGUGUGCAUGGGAAACCGCCAAUGUUAAUGGCCAAUAAUGAUGUUUUCACUAUUGGGCCCUAUAAGGCAAGAAAGGACAGAAUGAGAAUAUCCGUUUUGGAAAAAUAUGAAGUUAUAGGCUACAUCGCUGCAGGCACAUACGGUAAAGUUUACAAAGCGAAAAGACAAAUCAAUUCGAGUACAAAUUCAGCCGAUGGGUUUAAUCUAAAUGGUACCAACGCAAAACUCCCGCAGUUUGACAGCGCACAAGCAAAAUCAACAGCUUCACUGGACAUGCAGACAAAUUCAAACGCCUUAAGAGGAAACUUACUAAAGGAUGAGAGGAUAACUCCAGGAAGAAUACGAACCACGAGAGAUGACGGAUCGUCUCAAUAUAAUUCGCAAAAACAGAUUCCUAGUAAAAAACCUUUAACCGUAUUUUAUGCUAUCAAGAAGUUUAAAACAGAGAAAGACGGUGUCGAACAGCUGCAUUACACAGGUAUCUCUCAAAGUGCCUGCAGGGAAAUGGCGUUAUGCCGAGAACUGAAUAAUAGGCGUUUAACCACAUUGGUGGAGAUUUUUCUGGAAAGAAAAUGUGUUCAUAUGGUGUACGAAUUUGCGGAGCAUGAUCUCCUACAGAUUAUUCAUUUCCACACUCAUCCAGAAAAAAGAAUGAUACCGCCAAGAAUGGUUCGAUCUAUUAUGUGGCAGCUUCUGGACGGUGUAUCGUACCUUCAUCAAAAUUGGGUUCUUCAUCGUGAUUUAAAACCGGCAAAUAUCAUGGUUACGGUAGAUGGGUGUGUUAAAAUUGGGGACUUGGGUCUGGCAAGGAAAUUUCAUAAUAUGUUACAAACUCUUUACACAGGGGAUAAGGUGGUCGUCACAAUAUGGUAUCGUGCCCCGGAGUUACUUUUGGGAGCUAGACAUUAUACCCCUGCUGUUGAUCUAUGGUCUGUCGGUUGUAUCUUUGCAGAAUUGAUAGGCUUACAACCCAUAUUCAAAGGCGAAGAAGCUAAAUUAGACUCUAAAAAGACUGUUCCGUUUCAAGUAAAUCAAUUACAAAGGAUCCUUGAAGUUCUUGGUACCCCGGAUCAAAAAAAUUGGCCUUAUUUGGAAAAGUAUCCGGAGUACGAUCAAAUUACAAAGUAUCCUAAGUAUAGAGAUAAUUUGGCUACCUGGUAUCAUUCUGCAGGAGGAAGGGACAAACACGCAUUGAGUCUUCUUUACCACUUGUUAAAUUAUGAUCCAAUCAAAAGGAUUGAUGCCUUUAACGCUUUAGAACAUAGUUAUUUCACAGAAAGUGAUAUACCCGUCAGUGAGAAUGUAUUUGAAGGACUAACUUACAAGUACCCAGCAAGGAGAAUUCACACAAACGAUAACGACAUCAUGAAUCUCGGAUCAAGAACCAAAAACAACACACAAUCUUCAGGAAUCACUGCAGGCGCCGCAGCAAAUGCUUUAGGUGGACUUGGUGUUAAUAGAAGAAUUUUAGCAGCUGCAGCAGCUGCGGCCGCUGCGGUUUCAGGAAAUAAUGCAUCUGAUGAGCCAUCUCGGAAAAAGAACAGAAGGUAG